CGCCUCCGACAUUACCUCUUCCCAUACCGCACAAGCCCUCAUACUUACACCCAACUCUCUCUUCUGUAUCCUUCAAGCCACCCAAUUCUGUUCAUUCUUCCCCUUGCCUACUGUCACGACCCGCUUCGUAGCUGGCAUAGCCAAGGGCGAUCACAACCAAGUCUGCCCAGCAACCUUUUGCAAAGUGACCAACCAACGACACCCACAGUCCAUACUCUACUACGUGAGCGCCGGAUCGCAACGGGCGGUGAGCUCUAUCUGCAGAUUCUCCGCAUACUCCGACCUCCUCCAUUGCUUCGAAUCCCACCACUGUAUCUACCUCUUAAAUUUGUUUCGCCUUCUUGAUCUCGUCCUCCGUUCAUUCAUCCAUCCAUCCACCCGUCCAAAUCCUUGGUCGCAUCUGCGCGACGGCACCAGAAGACGCGCUCAGACGGAAUUGACGGUCGAGGAAAUCGCGCUAGGCUCGCAAAAAGCGGCACCGCACCUAAUACCUAGUGUGCCGGACAUUACCACACUCCCUUUCGACCAACAACCUUUGCUUUACCAAUUCUUCCCGUAUGCUGCAAAACUAGCCCUGCACCAAAACUCAUCCCUUCCCAUUUUAUUCUGUAUACAUGCCUCCAAGCUGCAUAUAGCUCCAGUCGGCGGUUCGUAUAUAACACUAUAGUGUCUAAAAUCUGAUCUCGGACAAUUUUCAGCAUUAUCUGUCUCCGCUACAACGCUCCUAUUCCCGCCUCGUCACCAUGGCGCUCUUCGGCUCUUCACCGCUCGUGGACGCCUUUCCAUCUCCUCGAUUUUCCGAACCUCCUUCACCCACCAAAACGGAGACCGAUCUCCCCAUCGAUGUCGAUCAAUCCUUCAACUCGUCCUUGUCGCUUAGCGACUCACCCUACUUUUCCCCUACUCCUUCCAUGGCUGUGGGUGCCAAAUCUGCUGGGUCGUCCAGUAUGCUCUCUGCCGCUCCUCCUUCUUUCUCACUGAAGUGUAAGCAACCUGAGGCUGCUCCGACUCAAGUAAAACCACCGUUACAGUCGAAAAGUACCACUGAGACGACGCUUGGUUCCGGACAGUUGAGCCGAGGGCGCUCCUUUGGGAUGGACAUCACUAACAAUGUUCUGCACCAGCCAGACUCCAAUAUAAGGAACAACAAGGGCAAGAUGCUCCCUCCAGCAGUGCCCGAAGCCAGGAUGUUAAAAGCCAAUGCGUCUGUACCUAUGCAAUGGACGUCAUCUAACGAGGAAUUGGGUGAAUGCUCCAAGAAUUCGUCUCUAUUUGGUGUCCCCAGGACGGAGAGUGACCCCGCUAUUUCAGGGUCUCCUCUCUCUUCCUUGAGUCGGGAUGACAGCGCCAUGCAGGUUGACUCACCCCAAAUCAGGUCAAACUCUCGACCAGGAUCGCUCAUGGCAUCACCUGCGCUAGGCGGACCUGCAUCAUGUUCAAGUUCUCCUGACCUCGGGUCAUUCUUUUGUGACUCACCUGCUCCAUCAUCUCAAGCGCCACCCGCUAAGCGACGUAGCCUUGUCAGUGGCCCUCCAGCGUCCCCUUCGUCUGGUUCCCCUUCAGCCAAACGCACAUCUUUAGGGCUCGGUGUCUCACGCCCUCCUUUAGACAAGACUGCUUCAUCUAGUGCACUGCUCUUUGGAGGGGGAAGGGCGAAUACAGUGGCUUCUCGGCGUGGACCUUCCUAUAAAAGACCUACUCUUGGUCCGCUUGCGGCUCCAUCCUGCGAUGCCAGUAGAACUGCUUCAACCAACUCUGCCUUCCCCAUCCUAUACGGGCCACCUAAGCAGACCCUCGGCCAAUCUGGUACAUUUCCUCGUGCAGCCAAUGCACCUAUGCGACGAGCUUACUCUGUAUGUGACCAAAACACUGCAAACGAGAUGGACGACGACGAUAGCGAAUUUGAAAACUCCCCUUGUGUUGGUGCUCACGCUGAAUAUGCACGGAGAUACGGUGCACGCAUGGGCCCCAGAAUUGAUGGGUCGCCCGGAUUCAAGUCCGUCCGAGCUUCUAUUGCCGCGUCGGGUGAAGGUGUCGUCAGUCCACUUCAUAAAGGAAAGAAAACGAGCCCUUAUGGGCCUGGAGGGCUACCUGGGUUCGGAGAUAAUGAAAUAGAUGGAAAAAUCUUGCCCUGUCACAAGGUAAAAGAGGAUGGUUUGGUGAGGAUUACACCCGAUACCCUUGACGAGCUGCUCAGCGGCAAGUACUCACAUAAGAUCAAGCGCUACCAUGUCCUCGAUUGUCGGUUCGAUUAUGAGUACGAUGGUGGUCACAUUGCUGGCGCAAUCAAUGUGAAGUCCAUGGACGCCCUUGACAAAUUGCUUCUUUCUGAGGCUGAUGGAAUUCACGCCGACGGCGAAUGUCUGCCGAGACCCAGUCGAAGUGGGCAACUUGAAGAUGGCCAACCAGUAGUCCUUAUAUUCCAUUGUGAAUUUAGCGCCAAACGAGCCCCUACUUUCGCCAAACAUCUCAGGUCUCGAGACCGUCUGCUCAACAAUGCCAUUUAUCCUAAGAUAUACUAUCCCGAAGUUUACAUCCUCGAGGGCGGUUAUUGUGGGUUUUACCAGACUCGACCGGAACGUUGUGAUCCCAAGGGCUACACGCCCAUGGACGAUCCCAAGCACUUUGAACGUCGAGACUCAGAUUUGCACGACUUUCGCAAGUUCAGCCGCACUCGGUCGUUCACUUAUGGCGAGCAACAGCAACCUUCCUCUCGCGCCCUACUCCCAUGUCCUCCUCUCGCUUUUGCUGCGGCUUCGGCUGCUGCUGCUCGUCGGAUCGGCGCUCAGGGGGGGAGUACCAGUGGUAACAAUACAAUCAAAGAAGAGGACGACCAGGAUAACAGCUCCUCACCGCAUCCGGGGGAUAGCAGUGCGGAGAUGGAUACCGACGCUAGCCCUUGCCCACGUGCGGUCUUGAGUCUCGGUCAACCGCCGAUUUUUGGCUCAGCGAAGACACGAGUGCUGGGGAGAGUAGGGUUCAGCCGUGUCGCUUCUUAUGCUGGUACUACCACCAUUCCUGCUCCACGACCGUAAUGCUCUUGCACAACGUCACGUCUUUCACGAACAACGACUUUCAUGAUAAUACGCACGUCUUUCAAGCGCUCAGUUUGCAUCUCGGGAUUUUUCACCAGAGAUUUUCAUCCUGCCAGCUUUCGCAUUGUAUCAUCCCAACGCAUAGCAUUUCGCAUUGUUUUUACGACCUUUUCAUUCCCUUUCACAUCAACGGUUGGCCAAUACGGCUGCUUGAUGCCUGUUAUUUUACCAUUAUAUUGCCCUGUGAAUAUACGCAUUGUGUACUACUGUAUCUAUAUCGAUAACCUAUCUAGUUUAGAACUCCGGACACAUAACGGACAGAGCCCAAAUAGAUAGAUAGCGUGGUAUCUGUGCGAGAUGACUGCUUCAUUUAGCUACGACCGCUCUAUAAUUUGCACAGUCGGUCGACCAGCAACUGGGAUUUGAAGAUCACAGCUUCACUAAGAAGGAUCCAUGCAUGUCACAACUAAUAAC